GGAGAACUCUUCUCAGCUCGUUCACUUAGCAUUACCAUCGUUGUCCACCUGCAAGAGAGAAAGAGAGCGAGUUUCCCGUGCGUCUUCUGGAGUAGGAGGCUGCGAGCGCAUCACUGCCGGUAGUGACCGACCCGCCCACCGACCUCGAGAGUCGAGACUAAUCUGCCGACCGACCUGCUGUACGACUCAGCUGACGGGCAGGCGGGCCAAGACGUGUAUGGGCGACCGGUCCUCCCUACCAUUUCAGCUCUGGCCAUAGGGGACAUCGAUCUCAAACUGACCGGCACCCGACCCGCCAGCCGUUGAUUCAACUCCGCUCGAACGCUUAUCGACUGGCCGGCCGAUCUGAUCGAGAGCUCUCACCGACUUUAGCGGUCUUGACUGGACAUCGACUUGAAACUGGGCGACCGGUCUUCCAUUCACAGUGUCACUUCCUGCGACCUUCUUCUGACCAAUCAAGCGAUUAAUUAACUGCAGGAGGACUGGAGGGCUUUCGUGUGCGGAGCGGUCCGCAAGUGGUCAGCUGCGCGACACUUGUGUGUGACCAGGACGUCAAGGAGUCCUGGACAGAAUCGUUGCGUUCGAUCUACCGUCAGCUGCUACCUGUCCUCUCAUUACUCUGUCUUGCUUGAUUAUCACCGCGAAAAAACAGCGAGACGCGAAGACAAGACAGCUCGACAGCGGACGUGUAUUCUAGGAUCACGAGCAAACGGAUACGGUGAAUAUGGCAGAGCCAAGUUGUGUGAUUGCGAGCGUGACUGCUAUCGAUGUGGAGAUGGUACAAGGAGCAGAUGCGCAUCAUGACCCCGGUUUCAUAAAAGCGCAAGUCCAUCUUCAAGUUGCUGCUCCUACUGCCGAAAGCACUCGUCCUUCUGCGGCAAAGAACUCUUCAGAAGAUGCAGAUGCAGAUGCAGAUGCCGAUGAAGAUGAAGACGCCGNUCCUACUGCCGAAAGCACUCGUCCUUCUGCGGCAAAGAACUCUUCAGAAGAUGCAGAUGCAGAUGCAGAUGCCGAUGAAGAUGAAGACGCCGAUGACGCAGCUGCCCGCGCUGGUACAUCCGUAGCCCCUAGUACUCGUAUAGGGUCGUCUUUCGUGGGAAGGAAGGGGAAGCAGUUCGUGCUGGACGGCAAACCUUUCUUUGUGCAUGGAUGGAACACGUACUGGUUGAUGAGUAGGGCGAACGACGUCCCAGGGGAGGUGGAGCGAGCGAUCACCGACGGGAAGAAGAUGGGCCUCAAUGUCUGCCGCACAUGGGCCUUCUACGAUGGGAAGAAUGGCCUACAGACAUCUCCUGGAGUCUUCAACGAGACCAUGUUUAAGGGCCUGGAUUUCGUUAUCGAGAAAGCUAAAGCGCAGGGGAUCCGUUUGAUCCUGACCCUGGUUAACUAUUGGGCAGCCUACGGCGGGAAGAAUCAGUACGUCCGGUGGAGCAAGGGGGACAAGUUCGAUGUAUCUAAGGAUGGAACCUUCUUCACUGAUUCCAAGUGUAAACAAGACUUCAAGAACUUCAUGAAGUUUCCCGAUGCUCUCAAAUGGUCCGAGAAAUGGGUGAAAGGCCAUAUCGAGGACAGUGACAAGCUGGGAAAACCUUUCCUUCUCGGGGAGUUUGGUCUCGAAAACAAACAGAACCUUCCCACCAUCAGCGCCAACCGUGCCAAGCUGUUCUCUAAUGUCUAUACCUGGAUGUUCAACUCUUCCAAGAUUGGAGGGUCCGGAGUGAGUGUCCUCUUCUGGCAACUCCUGACUCCCAAACUUCAAACUACGAAUGAGGACGGCUUUGGAGUGACGAUUGAACGCGAGCCCGAAGUGAAGAAAGCCAUCGCCGACCAUGCGAAGCAGCUGAGCAGCAUCAAACUAUCGAGGCAGGCAGUGCCAAUAAAAAAGACAGACUCUGAGAGGAAGAUGAACGGGGGCGAUUCGGAAGAGAAGGAAGGACAGUCGCUGCAAAAAGUACACAAGGAAGAAGGGCAAGAUGGAAUCAGUCUGGAGGAAGAAGGAUCAGACGAAGGACAGAAGAAGAAGGAAUGUGUGAAGGAAGAAGAAGGGAUGGAGAAAGGCCUGGAAGAAGAACAGAAGGAAGGAGGGCCGGGAAGGAUGACUGAGCAAGGCAGGGUGGACGCUUAAGGAGGAAGGAAGAGAAAAUAGAGGGAGGAAGGAAGAGAAAAUAGAGAGAGGGAGGGAGGCUAGCCUUGAUAGUUCAUCUUCAUCGUUCAUCUUCAUCGCGGACCAUGCUAAUCAGCUGAGCAGCAUCAAAGAGACAGAGACGAAAAUGAACGGCGGCGAUUCGGAAGAGAAGGACAGUCUCUCCAAAAAGUACACAAGGAAGAUCCGAAGAAGUGCAAGACGGAGGUACAGUGGAGGGCAAUCAAUGCUGGCAGGUCCCAUCUUAUAUGCUUAGACUCCCUUGAUAUCCUCAGACUUUCUCAUACAUUUCUCAUACACUCUCAGACUUUGAUUGUUGUAAUAUGGGACGCUGGACCCGUUUUCCAGAGCAGGUGAUGCUCCCCACCAAUAGAUGGAGCCUCUCCCUAGGUGUUAGUGCUGUGUCUGCUCUUAUCAGCAGCACUAACACUGGCGGGGGCUUAAAAAAAAAAAGAAUAAGAAAAAAAAGAAAGAGGUAUAGUAACCUGUACAAAGUGUGGAGGAAGAAGGAUCACUGAAAGACGAAGGACAGAAGAAGAAGGAAUGUGUGAAGGAAGAAGAAGCGAUGGAGAAAGGCAUGGAAGAAGAACAGAAGGAAGGAGGGCAAGGAGGGCCGGGAAGGAUGAGUGAGCAAGGCAGGGUGGACGCUUAAGGGGGAAGGAAGAGAAAAUAGAGGGAGGAAGGAGGAGAAAAUAGAGGGAGGGAGGAGGAGAAAAUAGAGGGAGGGAAGGAGGGAGGGAGGGGAGGUAGGGGAGGGAGGGGAGGUAGGAAGAUCAUCCUUCAUUCUUUUGAGUAUUUUCCUCCUGUCCUUUUCUUCAACUGCGUUCUGCAACCCUUCUUCUUCCUUCAGACAUUCCUUCUUCUUUGCUUCAUCCAGUCGGACUCCUUGUCUUUCUGUCUGGCAAAGGACCGGCAUGCUGUUCGUCUCUCCUGUGUCCUCUUUUUUUUUUUUUUUUUUUUUUUUUUUUUUCGGAACAAGGCUACGAUCUAUUCGUGGGGAAAAUGACAUAAAGAGAUUGAUCAUUCAAGUGUACUGUAGGCCUUGUGGCCCUCUUUCUGUCCGUCAUGCAUUCCGUCCUUCUGUCGUUCUUCUAUUCUUUGCUGCAAGGGAGCGAGUGAGGGCAAGGAAGGAAGAACGGAGGAAGAAAGGAAGAGAAACAACGGAGGAAGGAAGAGAAACAACGGAGGAAGAAAGGAAAAAGGGGGCAAGGGAGGGAGGAAGGGAGCAAGCAAGGGCUUCUGGUGCCACUGGUGGUUCGAAGCGGGUCAUCCUGCGAUGAGCGACGGCAGGAUCGAGUGGGACUAUUUCUCAUUAUCAUCUGCUUCAGUUCUUCAGUGCUUCAGUGCUUCAGUGCUUCAGUGCUUCAGUGCUUAGUGCUUAGUGCUUAGUGCUUCAGUGCUUAGUGCUUCAGUGCUUAGUGCUUCAGUGCUUCAGUACUUAGUGUUUCAGUGUUUCAGUGUUUCAGUGCUUCAGUGCUUCAUUUCCAUCAGCAAGUUGAGCUGCUGUUCCAAAGUUGCCAUCCCGAUAACGCAGUCUGGUCUCGUCAUUCCCCAUCAAGUUCUGCCACGUCAGCAGUCGAGCGAAAAAAGCGGAUGUCGCUUUCUUCCGUUGCAUCCGUUACAUUAUAUCGUAGACAAGACAACAAAGACCAGCGUUAUAAUUAUAUUAUCUGUUUUUUUUUUUUUUUUUUUUUUUUUUAAAUACGAGGAUCGCCCAAUGUCCAUUAUAUCCAUCAUAAUAAUUAACAGUGGAUAUUAAGACAAAGAGUGACCAGCCGAUAUAAUCUCGUUCGAGAAGCGGCCAAUUCCGCCCAUCGCUUGCACUUUGUCCUUUGUAUUAUUGCCAUAGAUAUAGAUUCGGUGUGUACACUGUACACAUUUGCCAGAAUUUAUGCCAUUCCUCGCAUCAGCGCUCGCUCUAGCUGCGAAAAAAAACUUUCAGUCAGAAAACUAUCCGAACUUGAAACCUCU